AUGGGCGAGAAGGCGGUCCCUUUGCUAAGGAGGAGGCGGGUGAAGAGAAGCUGCCCUUCUUGUGGCCCGGAGCUUGGGGGUGAAGAGAAGAAGGGGAGAGGGAAUCCGAUUUCUGUCCAGUUGUUCCCCCCAGAGCUGGUGGAACAUAUCAUCUCAUUCCUCCCAGUCAGAGACCUUGUCGCCCUCGGCCAGACCUGCCGCUACUUCCACGAAGUGUGCGAUGCGGAGGGGGUGUGGAGACUCAUCUGUCGCAGGCUGAGUCCGCGCCUCCGAGAUCAGGGUUCUGGAGUCCGGCCCUGGAAGAGAGCUGCCAUUCUGAACUACACAAAGGGCCUGUAUUUCCAGGCAUUUGGAGGCCGCCGCCGAUGUCUCAGCAAGAGUGUAGCCCCCCUGCUAGCCCAUGGCUACCGCCGCUUCUUGCCCACCAAGGACCACGUCUUCAUUCUUGACUAUGUGGGGACCCUCUUCUUCCUCAAAAAUGCCCUGGUCUCCUCCACCCUUGGCCAGAUGCAGUGGAAGCGGGCCUGUCGCUAUGUUGUGUUGUGUCGUGGAGCCAAGGAUUUUGCCUCAGACCCAAGGUGUGACACAGCUUACCGAAAAUACCUCUAUGUCUUGGCCACUCGGGAGCAACAGGGAAUGGUGGGUACCACCAGCAGCCGGGCCUGUGACUGUGUGGAGGUCUACCUGCAGUCUAGUGGGCAGCGGGUCUUCAAGAUGACAUUCCACCACUCCAUGAGCUUCAAGCAGAUCGUGCUGGUUGGUCAGGAGACCCAGCGGGCUCUACUGCUCCUCACAGAGGAAGGAAAGAUCUACUCUUUGGUAGUGAAUGAGACCCAGCUGGACCAGCCACGCUCCUACACGGUUCAGCUGGCCCUGAGGAAGGUGUCCCACUGCCUGCCUCACCUGCGCGUGGCCUGCAUGACUUCCAACCAAAGCAGCACGCUCUACAUCACUGAACAGGGGGGAGUGUAUUUUGAGGUGCAUACCCCAGGGGUGUAUCGCGAUCUCUUUGGGACCCUUCAAGCCUUUGACCCCCUGGACCAGCAGAUGCCGCUUGCUCUCUCACUGCCUGCCAAGAUCCUGUUCUGUGCUCUUGGCUACAAUCACCUUGGCUUGGUGGAUGAAUUUGGCCGAAUCUUUAUGCAAGGAAAUAACAGAUAUGGGCAGCUAGGAACAGGGGACAAAAUGGACCGAGGGGAACCCACACAGGUUCGUUACCUGCAGCGGCCCAUCGCCCUGUGGUGUGGCCUCAACCACUCCCUAGUGCUGAGCCAGAGCUCGGACUUCAGCAAGGAGCUGCUGGGCUGCGGCUGCGGAGCUGGGGGCCGCCUACCCGGCUGGCCCAAGGGGAGUGCCUCCUUCGUCAAGCUCCAAGUCAAGGUCCCUCUGUGUGCCUGUGCCCUCUGCGCCACCAGGGACUGUCUCUACAUGCUAUCCAGCCAUGACAUUGAGGAGCACACCUCCUAUCGCGACCUGCCGGCCAGCAGGGUGGUGGGGACUCCCGAGCCCAGCCUAGGGGCACCUCAGGACCCCGGCGGGACGGCCCGGGCCUGCGAGGAGUACCUCAGCCAGAUCCACAGUUGCCAAACGUUGCAAGACCGCAUGGAGAAGAUGAAGGAGAUCGUAGGGUGGAUGCCCCUGAUGGCCGCACAGAAGGACUUCUUCUGGGAGGCCCUGGACAUGCUGCAGAGGGAUGUGGGAGGUGGGAGUGGCGGCCCCCAGCCCCUGAGAGCUAGCCCAACCCCUGGAGGGAGUCCGCCCCAGCCAGGGGCUAAGGAGCAAUGACCACUCUGCGCAUGCGUGUGGGAUGGGGUUGCUAGGGGCUGGGGACCACUAGCCAGGGUAGGGCAGGGAAUUGUUUUGUAAAAUAUUCAGGGGGCUGUCCAGGAGGGGCCCCCAACCUGACUAUCAUGGACAAGAAAUUUGAUGGAUAGAAUAAAAGGCUGCAGCGAG